AUGUUUCCAUGGAAAUUACAUGUCAGUUUGAUUGAAUCAGGUUAUAUGAAAACACCGCUUAUCAAACCACCUUACAAAUCAUUUGAAGAUUAUUGGUCACGAUUUUCUCAAGAUGCACAAGAACGAUGGGGUCGAGAUUAUCUUCAAGAAAAAUUUAAUCAAGCCAAUGAUAAUAUACUCUUUAAACAUGCCGAAGAUCCAAUGAAAGUAGUUCGAGCACUUGAACAUGCAGUGAUAAAUACCAAACCUCAAAUCCGUUAUAAUCCUGGUUGGCAAGCAACUUUUAUCUUUUAUCCACUUUCAUUGUUACCAGCAUGGUUACUUAAUUUGAUCGUGAUGAAACUCGAUCCAACUACUACACUUCCUUCGAGUGUGCACAAACAACCAAAACCUAAACCCUUUAUUAUUCUUUUAAAGAGAAAAAGACAUCUCACUAUUCUUUAA